GUUCUCACGGACCUAGUUAGUGAUAUGGUGUUUCAAAAGUUCCUCCUUCAUAGUAUAUCUUAAAGUUUCCUCAAACAGACGUGCGUCCCAUUUGGGAUCUAAACACAUAACAAGAUGACGACAACACAAGUGCUAUCAGUGCUCUGCGUGCUGACACUGGCUCUCAGUGUGCUAAGCAACCCCGGUCGGCCCGAAAUCCCGGAUGAUCCCGUAGCCCGUCACAUCUUUCUGACGGCGGAAGCUAACAGGACCAUCGACGGUUUCCUUACAGAGGACGAAAUGGCUGACAUCUUCUCCAAGUUUGAUUUGAACGGUGACGGCGAGAUUGACGAGACGGAGUUUAUCGCUCACUGGACGCUGCUUCACCUCGGCGACUUGGAACACGCGGUGACGCUCUUCCACCGCAUGGACACUGACAAAGAUGGCGCCAUUUCCCGGAAUCCAGACUUCGUCAGGCUCUUCUAUUAUUUCGACAGGGAUGUGGACGAUAAGAUAUCGGAGGCCGAGUUCAUCACCGUCUGGUUCAGCCUGUCCACGUGACCACUCCAACCCGCCGACCACAUAUCACAUGUUACGUUUUCUAUCAAUAAAAUGGAUAUGAACUAA